AUAUGAUUGAGCUCUCUGAGGAUCACGAGGCAAGAAUGGACGAACUUGAAGGGACCCUUCGUGGCCAUAUUGGCUUGAUUGAAGAAGCACUAGACAGAUUGGAAGGCAAAGCCACAGAUGAAGAUCGCGGUAAGAAGAUGGACGACUACUAUGGAAAGAGGGGACGGAACGAAAAAGCAAAGUAAUAUGCUUGAGUUCCGAUUCGAUUGCGACAGCAACAGAUGUGCACGAACGCAUGUGGAUGUCACACCAAAGAGAAGAUACGGAUAAACGGUGUAAGUGGCGUCCUGAAAUUGCCAAAUCUGGUGGGAUGGGGGUCGCACAGAGACGGGUUGCCAUGCAAG